CCCGGACAGAAGUAGUGGUGCACAUUGCAACACAAGUACCGGAUGGCAAGAUAAACAUUGAAUGUGGGAAUUCGUUGGAGAGCGCUUUUAGUCUAUUUUCUUGAAAUAAAACCAUAUUACAUCAGUGAGUCAUGCCUACUGUGGUGUUGAUGGACGUGUCUCUGUCCAUGACACGGCCGGUGUCACAGGAUGGCAUCGAGGAGUUUCAGAGGAAGAACCUGGCUGUCCAUGGACUCAACAUGUUGUUUGAACACAUGGCCUCGAACUACCGCCUGGAGUUCACAGCACUUAUGGCGUUCUCCUCUCUCUGGGAGCUCUUGGUGCCUUUCACCAGAGAUUACAAUGCAUUGCAGGAGGCUCUGAGCAACCUAGAAGACUAUGACAAGACCUGCGUUGAAUCAGCUCUUAAUGGAGUUAGUAACGUGGUACAGCAGGAGUGGGGCAGUGCCUGUCCCUGUCAGGUGGUGCUGGUUACUGACGGGUCUCUUGGUAUUGGAAAAGGUUCACUGCGUCAUUCUCUGCUAACAAUGAAACAGCGUGCAGAUGACAAGAAGUUCCCUCUCCCUUUCCCUUUCCCAACCAAAAUGUUCAUCCUGUGUGUAGCCAAUGCAGAAGAGUUACAGAUGACUGGCGCCAUGGACAACUUGGAGGAGUUACUUCGACUCAGUGGAGGGGACGGACAAAUCUUCUCUAUGGAGGGACUACUUUGUAUGCAGAGUGUACAGGCAAUGUUUGGUAAGCUGAUCGAUCGGGCGUACUCUCCCUUCCACGCUGUCCUACACUGUGGGAACUUGUCCUCUGACGUUCAAGUGUUCCCUCGACCCGAGCCUUUCGUGGUGGAUGAAGAGGUGGAGCCCAUGCCUCUAACAGUCAACACAGAUUUGGAAAUUAUGGGCUUCAUUGAAAUUGCUGAUAUCUCCAGUCCUCCUGUUAUAUCCAGACACUUGGUACUACCUAUUGCUGUAAACAAAGAGGUGGAUGAUGUUGGCACAGGAGCCACAGAUGAGCCUGAGGAGGAAGCCUCUGCCAGUCAAAUGGCAGGAAAGAGUCCAAAUUUCUGUGUACUUCUUCAUGGCAGUCUGAAAGUUGAGGGCAUGGUGGCACUGGUCCAGCUGGGGCCAGAGUGGUACGGCAUGCUGUACUCCCAAGCAGACAGCAAGAAGAAAUCAAAUCUGAUGAUGUCUCUGUUUGAGCCUGGUCCAGACCCUCUGCCUUGGCUGGGCAAGAUUUCACAUUUGGGACCAAUCUCAGAGGCUGCUGAAAAUCCCUAUGGAGAGGAUGACAGUAAAAGUCCUUUCCCCUUGCAGCCCCAGGUCAAACGAAGCUAUGCCCAGAAUGUCACUGUGUGGAUUAAGGCCAGUGGACUGCAGACGGAUGUGCAGAAGAUCCUGAGGAAUGCAAGGAAAUUGCCUGAUAAGACUCAAACCUUCUAUAAGGAGCUGAAUCGUCUCCGGAAGGCUGCCUUGGCUUUUGGUUUCUGGGAGCUCCUGAAAGGAGUGGCCGACCUGCUGGAGAGAGAGUGCACGCUUCUGCCAGACUCGGCUCAUCCUGACGCUGCUUUCCAGCUUUCGCAUGCUGCACAGCAACUCAAACUGGCCAGCACCGGAGACUCCCAGUACGCCGCCUUCGAUCACAACAUCGUUCCCAUGCACACUGACUUCUCAAGCUGAGCCACAUCAGUUUAUCAAAACGGACUGAAAUGUUGCAGCCUGUGUGGAUCAGCUGGU